AUGCCAAAGUUGGCAGAAAUGUUGCCAAAAUGGGCAGAAACGCUGCCAAGAUUGGCAGAAACGAUGCCAAAGUUGGCAGAAAUGUUGCCAAAAUUGGCAGAAACGCUGCCAAGAUUGGCAGAAACGAUGCCAAAAUUGACAGAAACGAUGCCAAAGAGGAACUACACCACGAGAGAUUGGAGUCCCGAUCUUCCAACAGUCGAAGCAAUUCGUGUAUCACGAAUCGCGUUGAUUUGGAAGAGAAUGCUCGGUUGGAAUAGGAGUCGCGUUGGGUCGCCGACGAUGUCAGCGACUGUUGCCGGCAACCAGCAACAGCAGCAUCCCCACCAGGAAUGGGACAUCAACGACUCGAACGUGCCAAGGGUGGUGGAGUACGAUCCCUGGUGCGAAUGGGCGGAUGGACACGUAAGAAGGGUGUACGGACCAGACUGCGAGGAAGCCAGGAGACACGCGUCCGGAUGGGCUAUGAGGAACACGAACAACCACAACGUGAGCAUCUUGAAGAAGUCCUGCCUCGGAGUGCUCGUCUGCUCGCAAGAGUGCAUACUACCUGGCGGGGGAAGGGUUCACCUUCGACCGGCGAUUUGUGAUAAGGCAAGGAAAAAGCAACAGGGAAAGCCUUGUCCGAAUAGACAAUGCACGGGUCGACUGGAGAUACUGUCGUGUCGUGGCCAUUGCGGUUACCCCGUGACGCAUUUCUGGCGGCACACCGAGCACGCGAUAUUCUUCCAAGCCAAAGGACAACACGACCAUCCGCGACCGGAAGCGAAAUCCACUUCCGAGGCGAGGAGAAGCGUGGGUGCCGGCAGAAGGGUGCGCGGAUUGGCGGUACUCCUGGCGAACGAGGCUGCUUUGGGUUCCAAACUAAUGUCGCUACGAGGAACGAAAAGACCGAAUUCGGAAGCGAUCGAGCAACCGCCAAGGACGACGCAACCACCACCACUGAUACCCGACAAAGGUUACUCGUGUUCCUGCCCGCCGUUCGAAUGCAUGUGUGGUCUGCAGACCAACGCCUCGGCUUAUCAACAGUCUCAUCAUCAUCAGACGGCCAUGUAUCCCCAACAAACGGCCUCGAACGACGCCCCCUACUGGCUCCAAGACACCGUGCCACCCCAGGAGAACGCCUUGGGCUACAAUCUCCCGAACCAAGUGCCACAGGAAGCCUCCUACCCUGAUUUUCCACCGUUCACAGGAGAACUGCUCCAGCCGGAAGAGAUCUUCCAGCUGGAUCAACCUUUGAGACCGGAAUUCUCCAUGAACUCUCAAGAAGUAGCCAGAUCUCCACCAACUUUGCUCGACCUUGGAAGCGGUACCAUCAAAUACGAGAUGAAACAGCACCAGGAUCAAGCCUACUGGAACCAAUUCCUCAGCGAGGACUCGAGCAGCAGUCAUCUGAGCAUGUCUCAGGACGACAGGCUGCAGUUCCCCGGUUUCGAGACCGACAAGGACUCCAAUGGCUUCUGCGUCAAGAGACCAGUGAACCACUUCGUUCCCGACAAGGAGGUGAACCAAAAUCACCACCUGAACAAUCCACUAAACUUCCAGGAUUACCAGCGACACCAGAAUCACAAGAACUUCGUGGAUGGGUCUGCGAAGAACGAUCACGAGGCCAAUUACUGGGCCCAGAGUCACCAAGACGACCGUCUCAACUUCCCAGGCUUUGAUGCUCACAAGGAAGACUUACUGCCCUCCAGAAGAGACGUGAAUUGCUUCCCCAAAGAAAACUGCCAGCCAGGACUAAUGGACAGAGGAAGCUACAACGUCUAUUCUAAGAAGGAGAACGGAAUGGUCGAUUCUGUUCGCCCUAGUCGCAGUCCCAUGGAGAACAAACACUACUCUUACGACGGUUACAGUCAGAUCUUUGAUCAAUCGGAGAAGAACCAACUAGCCAAUCGACCGGAUCAAAAUACCAACAGGAUGGUCCUCGACGAGAGACUGCAGAACAACUAUACCGGUCGCGAGACGAACCCUGACUCCACCGAGAGACUGUUCGCGGAAUCGAACGGCAUGGAAACCACCAUGCCGUCGCAGAACAGCCCGGAACCAUUCUUCUACCCCAGCAACGACCGCUGCCAUUACACUUGCGAGGUGCUGGACACGCGGCUACCUCAGAUGGCGCUGAACACCGGCGUGAACACGCAGCCAGGAAUGAAUAACUACGGCGACGUGAGCGAACUGGACCUGCCACCCUUCGUAGACUACACCCUCGUAGGGAUGCUGUGCUCCACGGAGGAAGACACGUCCAGCUUGCUACCAGGCUGUCCCCAAAACGCACAGAGCUACGUUCCCCAUCAUUAG